GUUCCUUUGAUCAGAUGACUUCGAAAAUACAUAGGAAAUAUGGCGUGUGGAGGAUGAUUUCCUGUAGACCGUAGUAGGAAAUAUAAAGUAAUAGAUUUGGAACAAUAAUUACAGAGACCAGCUCUGCUGCGCAAAGCACAAGGAUCUUAGUAUACCCCAGCCUUGUCAUGGAGCACAUUACCACCCCAAAGGUAGAACAAGUAAAGUUAUUGGACAGAUACACCUCUAAGAAGCCAGCAGUGGGCACACUUUAUCUGACAGCGACACAUCUGAUCUAUGUGGAAACGACCGGAAAUGUGCGCAAGGAGACCUGGAUUCUGCACCAUCACAUUGCCACGGUAGAGAAGCUACCCUUAACCACCACUGGAUGCCCACUUCUUAUCCACUGCAAGAAUUUCCGUGUGGCCCACUUUGUUCUUCCUCGUGAGAGGGACUGUCAAGAGGUUUCCCAGUCCUUGCUGAAACUAUCCCAGCCAGCUAAAGAAGAAGAGCUGUAUGCAUUUCUUUACAACCCUAAACAAAAUGAAAACGACAGAAAAGCUGGGUGGAGUAUUGUGGACCUGAGUGUGGAGUUUAGAAGAAUGGGGCUGCCCAAUGACUUCUGGGAGUUGACUGAUCUCAACAAGAACUAUGGGAUCUGUAGCACGUACCCUGCAGCGCUGGCUGUUCCCAAGGUGGCAAGCAAGCCCACAAUAGUGGGAAGCUCCAAGUUCAGGAGCAGAGGACGCUUUCCCGUUCUCUCCUACUUCCACAAACUGACAAAUGCUGCAAUCUGCAGGUGCAGCCAGCCCCUGUCUGGGUUCAGUGCUCGCUGUGUGGAGGAUGAACAGAUGCUUCAGGCCAUCAGCAAGGCUAACCCCAAGAGCCCCUUCAUGUAUGUGGUGGACACCCGACCAAAGUUAAAUGCCAUGGCGAACCGUGCCGCGGGGAAGGGGUACGAAAACGAAGACCAUUAUUCCAACAUCCGCUUCCAGUUUGUGGGCAUCGAGAACAUCCACGUGAUGAGAAACAGCCUGCAGAAGCUGGUGGAAGUAUGUGCAAUGAAAUCUCCAACAAUGAGCGACUACCUGACGGGACUGGAGAAUUCAGGCUGGCUGCGCCACAUCAAAGCCGUCAUGGAUGCAGGGGUCUUCUUAGCAAAGGCCGUGGUGGAGGAGAAGGCCAGUGUGCUGGUGCACUGCUCCGAUGGCUGGGACAGGACUGCCCAGGUCUGCUCCCUGGCCAGUGUCCUCCUGGACCCCUACUACCGGACCAUCACAGGCCUGAUGGUUUUAAUAGAAAAAGAAUGGAUUUCUAUGGGUCAUAAAUUCACACAAAGGUGUGGCCAUUUAGAAGGGGACCCCAAGGAGGUGUCUCCUGUUUUCACCCAGUUCAUUGAGUGCCUCUGGCACCUGAUGGAGCAGUACCCCUGUGCUUUUGAGUUCAAUGAAAAGUACCUCAUCGAAAUCCACGACCAUGUUUACUCCUGCCAAUUUGGGAACUUCAUCGGAAACUGCCAGAAAGAGCGGGUAGAGCUGAGGCUAGAGGAGAGGACCUACUCUGUUUGGUCUUACCUUCUGGAAAAGAAGGAAGAGUUCAUAAACCCUCUGUACAAAGGCCUCUUAAAGAUUGCCAUGCUGAGACCGAACACUCUACCCUUCAACUUCAAGUUUUGGUGCACCAUGUAUAACCGUUUUGACAAGGGAAUGCAUCCAAAGCAGUCGGUUCUGGAACACCUGCUUACUCUCAUGCGACAGAAGUCAGAGGAGGAAGAAAACGUGACAGAACUUCAAAAAAAGUUGGUAGCCAUUGACAGGGUGAAUGAAGAACAUCUGUGUCAAGCCAGUGCUUCAGCCAAACAGCCCACAGAAGUGCCACCCACAUCCCACAGUUCCUCUGUCCAUGAAAGGAAAUUAAUGGCCCACUUGACCAAUGGCACUUCAGAAGACACGGGCCCUAUCACAGGCUCAGCCAAUGGGAAAGGCCAAGAUGAAUGGUCAGGCCUAGAAUCCAGCCUGACUGUUGCCAAUGGCAAAACAGUUGCCUUGGAGAUCCCCAAAACCAGCCGGAUGGUUGAAGCAGAGUCUCCUACAAGGGCCACCACAACUGUGGAGGAGUAGCUGAUAUCUGGCUUGCAUCAUCUCUGAAAACACAUGGGUCUUAUUAGGAGAUAAGAAACAACCUACAAGGAUUUCCAUCUUAAUUGAAUAAUUGCAUUAAUUUUACCAAACUAUUGGGAUGGUAAUUGCUGUGACUAGGUUGCAAGCAGGGAAUAUGCAUAAAACUUGCGGGUGAGACAGGAAAUUUCCUUAAUCAUUUGAAAGGCACUGUUUAGCUUCAUUUUGGAUCGUUGUUGUUGAAAAGUUUGCCAAUGACUCAGUCUUUUAUAGAGAAAGAGGUGCGACCUUGUGUUCAUGCUGUGAAUGUAAGUAGCCGAGGUGAAUGUUUUGUGAGGUAGUAAGGGACACAUUUUUAGCAAGAAAGCUUUGAUUUUGCGCAAGAGUUAUAUUUACAUGUGGCUAGCCAUCUAUAUAAAGGGAUUUAGGUAGCACAAACACUUAAAGGGAACACAUUCCAAAUAUAUAGGCCAGAAUCAGUUUUGAUUUGUACAUUUUUUUAUGUUUUGUGUAUUGUAGCCUGCUUUAGUUAGACUGUAAGAACAUUUUUUCCUGUAUAUUAAGAGACCUGCUCAGUCUGGAGUUGGAAAUGCAUUGUAAUUACUAUGCAUAGGCCUUUGAGCAAUAUAGCAGGUGAAUGCUAUUUGAUGAAAAAUGGACUGGAAGUUUUUAAAUCAUUAUAAUUUGAUUCAUUUCUGUAGCGAAAGUAGCAGUCCUUAACAAAUAUUAUGCAAGUAUGAUACGCUUCAUAUGUAUGUCAGUUAGGUUCUUUUGACAGUUUGCACAUAUUACAGGAGAUGCUUCCCCAUGAAUAAGUACAAGCUGAUGAUAAUUAAGGCUUACAUAAAGUGUUGUUGUGCAAAAUGAAUGAUAUGAUUGUAUUGUAAAAUAAUACCUUGAGUAUUGUGGCCAGUUCUAUUUCUAGUCAUGAGUAGCAGAAUUGGGUCUAGUCAGUAUUAUUGUUUUUUUUUUUUUGUUUUUUUGUUUGUUUUUUUCCCCAGUGUAUUACUGACUGUGCCUGGAUAACAUUUUUUUGUUUUAGGCAUUUAGCAGACAUCCUUAUCCAGAAGGAGUUACACAGAUUAUGCUCUCUAGAUAUAAUCAGUUCAUACAGCUGGAUAUUUACUGAAGCAAUUCAGAUUGAGUACCUUGCUCAAGGGUACAAUGACGGUGCCCCAUAUUGGACACACACCUACAAUCUCUGAAUUACAGUUCCGGUUUCCUAACCAUUGGACUACACUGGACUACAGUUUAGUACCACAACCUGCUGUUUCCCCUCAAACAAAAAAGUUGAACAAAUUCUUGCAGUGUGCCUCUCGCAAUACUAUAACAGUAUCUAAAGAUGCCUGCAUAGUAUGUUAAAAAAGACACUGGGAGAUUUUUAAAAAUCAUAUAUUUAUCUGUUUUUUAGGUUAAUUGCUUUUUCCUGUCAGUUUAAUUCCAUGUUAAUUCCUUGUUUUUGCACUCAAAGCAAUAUUACUUAAGACUGUAGAAAUAGACUUAAUCUCUGUGUAGUUGAGAUAUUAAAAUGAUCAAGUACACUGGAAGUUUUCAUUUCCAAUUUGGGCUAGAAAUAAAAGGUUGGAUACAGCUGCUAGAUAAUGACUUAAGCAUUACAAGACCUAUUAUUGGUGAGACAUUUUACAAAACCCUGAAAACUAUUAAUAGUGGUUUAUAUCUACUUUUUGAUGAGUGGGUAUAGCCUAUAUUUUGACGUAAUAUGGACCCAUUUUUAAAAAUUUAUUUGUUUUAUAAUAUCACAUUUUCUGACUGAAAAAGUGUGUACUAAGUCCAGGGUCAGAAAUCCAUAUUUGUUACUCUUCGAAAUUAAUUGACUGAAUCCUCUAAUUCACAAACGAAGCAACACAAUUAAUCUGUUUCCAAUAUAAAGCUUUGUAUAAAGAAUUCUUUGAAAUUUCUAUUUGGCGCUUGAUGCAAAGGAGUCAAAAGUUCAGUCAGUUUCUACAUGCAUAGAUUGGAAAAAAUAAUGGCACACAGAGUAAGCCAGUGAUUCUGUCAUGUGCCUACAGUACAAGUGCCCAAACAAAUGCCUCUCAGUAAUGACAAAAUUAAUUCUGCCUGGGUUCUGAGUUGCUCUCAUGAAUGAUGCAUGAACGUUCAUACUAGGUGAAAUAUAUAGCUAUAAAUUUUCAAAACUUAAAUUAAAGUGUCAAAGCAUUUCAGUGUGUUGCACACAGGCAUUAGUUCCUGAGAUUUGUAUGCAAUUGGGUUGUUACUGUUCAAUGUGUUAUUGACCAGGUCUUGAUGUCAGCUGAUAUGAGCCAUGUGUAUCAAAUGUAUUCAAGACAAUACCAAGAGAUUGUUGUUUCUUAAAAGGUUGCUCCAAGUUGGCUUGAAACCUUAUAUUUGGUACAAAAGACAAAAAUUCAUUCAAUUGUUUGGUUUACUUGUCUUCCAUUUUUUCAAAAGCAAUUUUUGCCAAUACAAAUAAGAUAUUUUAAAUAUUCAUUAAAAUGCCAUGUGAGGACACAAUAAUUGAUAGAAGUUCUUACCCUUUUUGACAGUAUUUGACUUUGUUUUACAUAAUUAAAGGGAAGUAUAAUUGCUUUGUUGGAAGAAAUAAUAAAAUUACUUCAGGCAGAAGGGACGUGGAGUUCUGUGAACAUAUUUCUAGUUUAUAUUAUGAAUGUUUUAUUUUUGGGAGAAUUGAUUAGUUUGUUAACAUUUCCAAAGCCUUCUAAACAUUUAUUACAACGCUUCAUUAUGUAAACUUUAAAAACUAUAAGCUUUGAAUGUUGCUACUGUAAACCAUGAUGAUGUAAAAAGGUGAGUUGUUUCAAACUGCUUUUAAAUGCAUUUGUCUCUCCUUUAAAAACACUGUACAUCUUUGCUGAUUCUGCUAUUGUGAGAGCACAAUACCAUUUGGAUGGACAUUUCUGCUUUAUUUUCUGUAGAAGUGUUUUCAUUACAUUUUUUAAUGUCAAACAAGAAACUGGGGGGAAAAUCUGUGUUGAAAUGUUGCUAAAGUGAAUGAGUAUUUUACUUUUUGUUAUAAUUUUAUUUGGAAUUUUAAAAAAUUGCAUCAGUGUAAUUUUCUCAAAUGUAAUUAUUGUGCACUCUCACAAGACUUUUGUACUGUAUUUGAUAAUGGCACUUUUUUUUUUUUUUUUCUUCUUCUUUAAAGUCCUUGAAAGAGCAUUUUUGUAAGAAAAUUCAUCUUUUCCAGAAUAAAUGUUCUCAAUAUGUAAUGUC